AUGGGAGCAGACAGCAAUGAAAGUCUCAACUCCUUAUCCGUGUUUCUGACUGGCAUCCCUGGAUUGGAGGCCCAACAUGGCUGGAUCUCCAUUCUUUUCUUCACCAUGUACAUCGUGGCCAUUGUGGGCAACAGCCUAAUCAUGGCAGCAGUGCAGGCAGACCCUGCCCUACAUGAACCCAUGUACCUCUUCCUCUCCAUGUUAGCCAUAACUGAGGUGGGUGUUUCUGUGUCUACAGUGCCUACUGUUUUAGGCAUUCUUUGGUUUGAUGCCCGCAGGGUUGACUUUGAUGGCUGCCUGGCCCAGAUGUUCUUCAUUCACACCUUCUCCUGCAUGGAGUCAGGAGUCCUAUUGGCCAUGAGUUAUGACCGCUUUGUAGCCAUCUACAACCCACUGCGCUAUACAGCCAUCCUGACUCUGCCCCGUAUCAUCUGCAUGGGUCUAGGUAUCACACUGAAGAGUAUGGCACUCAUGGCCCCACUUCCAGUCCUUUUGAGACAACUUCCCUAUUGCCACAUUAACAUUCUCUCUCACUCCUACUGCCUCCACUCAGAUCUGAUCCAGCUGCCUUGUGGGGAUACUAAACUCAACAGCAUCCUGGGUUUGGCCAUUGUUCUAGCUACUUUUGGGCUAGACUCAUUGCUCAUUGUGGUCUCUUAUGUGUUGAUUCUUUACACAGUGCUGGGCAUUGCUUCUGGGGAGGGACGGUGGAAGGUCCUCAAUACAUGUGCGUCACAUAUUUGUGCAGUGCUGAUAUACUAUGUGCCUAUGAUUGGUGUAUCUGUGAUGCACCGUGCUGCCAAGCAUGCUUCCCCCAUGGUCCACACAGUGAUGUCUAGCAUCUACCUCUUCGUGCCGCCUGUGCUUAACCCCAUCAUCUAUAGCGUUAAGACUCGGCCAGUCCGACAGGGAAUUGUUACCUUGUUCUCCUGCAGGAGGGAAUUGCUCUGA